AUGCGGAGUGCCCUGCUGUUUGCAGUCAUCCUGGCCCUCAGCUUGGCUCGGAGUUUCGGUGCGGUCUGUGAGGAGUCACAGGAGCAUGUGGGGCCCGGUGGGGGUCACAGCAAGAAGGACUCAAAUCUCUAUCAGCUGCCCCCAUCAUUGCUCCGGAGACUCUAUGAUAGCCGCGUGGUCUCCCUGGAUGGAUUGCUCAAGAUGCUGAGCAAGGCCAGCGUAGGUCCUAAGGAGUCGCCACUUCCCCAGAAACGUGACAUGCAUGACUUCUUUGUGGGUCUCAUGGGCAAGAGGAACCUCCAGCCAGACACUCCUGUUGAUAUAAACCAAGAAAACAUCCCCAGCUUUGGCACCUUCAAGUACCCCCCCAGUGUGGAAUGA